AACCGAAAUAUAAGCCCAAAGUAUAAAAUAAGAUAGUAAGAGUGAGUGAGAAAGUGAAGAACAACAGAGCGCAGCAGCAGAAGCGUAACGUACAGAAGGGGUUUCUGUGGUGAAGAAGAUUCGAACUCUCGUCGAUGGCGAUGGACCUAAAACCAUACCAUUUGGAGAAUUUUCAGAAUACUGUUGACCAAAUUCAAACCGAAGUUGACAAGCUUGAGAAGCAAGUGAGUGAGGUUCAACAAUACUAUGGAUCCUCUGGUAAUGUUCAAGGCAAUAAUUCUAAAGGCAGUUCAGUUGUAAAAGAGAAGGGCCGGGAUAAACUUUUUGCUGGCACUAAAACAUCGCUGCAAGAUGCAUCAGCAUCGGGUACGGAAAACCCUGCUGCAAAGAGGAUGCAGGAGCUAAUGCGCCAGUUUUCCACAAUAUUGCGUCAGAUCACUCAGCACAAGUGGGCUUGGCCCUUUCUGGAACCUGUAGAUGUAAAAGGUCUCGGGCUUCACGACUAUUAUGAGUAUAUUGAUAAGCCCAUGGACUUCAGCACGAUAAAAAGUAAAAUGGAAGCUAAGGAUGGCACUGGAUAUAAGAAUGUACGGGAGAUAUACGCAGAUGUUAGGUUGAUAUUUAAGAAUGCCAUGAAAUACAACGAUGAAAAACAUGAUGUCCAUGUUAUGGCAAAGACAUUGAUGGAAAAAUUUGAAGAAAAAUGGCUUCUUAUGUUACCCAAAGUCGCUGAAGAGGAAAAGAGACAAACAGAAGAAGAGUCACAAGCCCAACUAGAGAUUCAUCGUGCUCAGGAGAUGACCUAUGCCAAGAUGACUACAGAUUUAAGCAAUGAGCUUAAUGAGGUUGAAAUACGUUUGAAGCAACUCAGAGAAAUGGCCAUUAAGAAUUGCAGGAAACUAUCUGCUGGAGAGAAGAAAUCACUUGCGGCUGAUAUCGCCAGAUUGUCUGCUGAAAACCUCAUAAGGGCAUUGGAGAUAGUUGCUGAGACCAACCCAAACUUCCGACAUACUGAGAAUGAGGUGGAGCUUGACUUCAAUGCCCAGAGUGACUACACACUAUGGAGGCUAAAGCUUUUUGUGAAACGUGCCCUAGAAGAUGAACAGAAAAAUUCUGGAGGCACAUUUGGUAACCAAAAUACAGAUGAGAAAAGAAACAAUUCUCGAAAAAGGCGAGACUUUUGUGAUGAUUCUGCGAAAAACCUAUCAAAGACCAGAAAAUUGUCAACAUUUUGAUUUGUUAGCAGAACAUAUAAAGAUAUUUGUAAAGUUAAAACUUUCAGAGUUGGAUUAUGCAGAAGGAACUAUCAUCUAUCUAUGUUUAUGAAGCCAAUAACUUAAAUGUGCGGAAGCAUAGGCGCAUACUACACCAAGGGGAAUUAUGUAUCAUUUUAUAUAUUUUUUGGGUACAGUCAUUUUUGUAUGAAAUGACAUGGAACAUGUACUGUUUGUAUGUGACAGUUGAUUGUAUGAAUGUACUAGGUGUCAUUAUACUUUCUA